GAUGGAGGGGAGGGGAGUGGGUGAGAGCCUCCAGCAGCGAGCUCGCCUUCGCAUCGAGUGCAAGAUUUGCAGAAUGAGCGUGUGAUUUUGUGUGCGCGGUUUAUUUUGCAACCACUUAGCCUGUGGUCUGUGUGAGCCGGAGAACGGGGAGGUGCAGGUAAAAGAACAUGGGAAGAAGGGACCACAGCAGAAGAGAGGAAGAAUGAAGAGACUGGCGUCUCCUGUCUAUGUGUGUGUGUUUUUUUGCGUGCAGCGGCAUCUGAUCGCAGUGUUUUUGGGUCUGUCCAUGUGUGGGACUAUCCUGGUGGUUUACACCGGCAGAGGCGUCUUCGGGCUGGGCUACGGUGCGGAGGGAAGGAGCGGAAAGGGUGCAGGACGCCCGGAGUCAGCGCCGACACCACCACCGCCGCCGCCGCCUCCUCCACUGACCGGUUACAUCAAUUUCAUCGACCACAAGGGCCUGCAGGUGCGUUGCAGAAGCUGUGCCCUGGUCACCAGCUCGGGGCACCUCAUCGGCAGCGGGCGGGGGUCGGAGAUUGACCGUGCGGAAUGCGUGAUCCGGAUGAACGACGCCCCGACACGGGGCUACCAGGAGGACGUGGGCCGGAGGACCAGCCUGAGGGUGGUGGCCCACUCCAGCAUCCAGCGGCUGCUGCAGAAGGGCGGGGAGCUCCUCAACGCCAGCCACAACCCGGCCUUCAUCUUCUGGGGGCCCAGCAGCUGCCUGAGGAGGGACGGCAAGGGGCGGCUCUACAACCAGCUGCAGCUCAUCCACCGGUUCCUGCCCGCACUCAGGCUGCACACCAUCAGCCGCCACAAGAUGCUCUACUUUGACCAGCUCUUCGAGCGCGAGACCGGCAAGGACAGGAAAACCUCCAAUUCUUGGCUGAGCACUGGCUGGUUCACCAUGAUCAUCGCUCUUGAGCUUUGCGACAGAAUCGAUGUUUACGGCAUGGUUCCACCGGACCGGUGCAGGGACCCCACCCACCGGCAGGUGCCCUACCACUACUACGAGCCGGCGGGCAUCGACGAGUGCACCAUGUACAUCUCGCACGAGCUGGGCCGCAAGGGGAGCCACCACCGCUUCAUCACCGAGAAGCGCGUGUUCGCCGGCUGGACGCGGACGCACAGCCUCCACUUCCACCAGCCCGAGUGGGGGCCCGUCUCCGAGGCAACGGCCUCCAACCGCACAGCGGCCAACGCCGGCCCCUGAGCCGCCAGAGGCGCACUCGCACUACCCGCUGAGCGCCAAGCCCCGAGAGGACAAUAAACUCAAGCUCAAAACUCUUUCAUAAACCUCCCAUCGCACGGAAGACGAGAGAGCGUGCGUUGACAAGACACCGUUCACGGAUAUUCGGGGAAGGAACUAGCAGACGCAAGGAACUGCAGAUGCUGGUUUAC